AUGGGGCGAUCAAGCAGAACUAUUUAUGUUGGUAAUCUUCCCAGUGACAUUCGUGAGAGUGAAGUUGAGGAUUUGUUUUACAAGUAUGGACCAAUUGCUAAUAUUGACUUAAAAAUCCCUCCAAAACCUCCUGGUUACGCUUUUGUUGAGUUUGAAGAUUCUCGAGAUGCUGAUGAUGCUAUCCGUGGCCGAGAUGGUUAUAAAUUUGAUGGCUGUCCAUUGCGGGUUGAACCUGCUCAUGGAGGCCGAGGGUCGUCGUAUGACCGCUACAGUAGUUAUAGUCGCGGGAGCAGUCGUAGCGGACCCUCUAGACGUUCUGACUACCGAGUAUUGGUGACUGGCCUUCCUUCCUCUGCUUCAUGGCAAGAUUUGAAGGAUCACAUGCGUCGGGCAGGAGAUGUUGGUUUCUCGGAGGUUUACCGUGAUCGUGAUGGCAUGCGAGGCAUUGUUGACUAUACAAACUACAGUGACAUGAAAUAUGCGAUAAGGAAGCUUGAUGACUCUCUCUUCCGAAAUCAAUAUUCUCGUGCUUAUAUACGGGUUGAGGAGUAUGAAGCAAGACGCAGUUAUUCCAGGAGUCCAAGUAGGAGUCCCUAUUCAAGAAGCAGAAGUGUCUCCAGGAGCCCUGGCUAUAGGGGGAGGAGUAGAAGUGUGUCUCCUAGGGGUAAGCAUUAUCGUCAUGCUUCAUCUAGAUCUCGUUCAGUGUCAGCUGCUUCACGAUCUGGAUCUGAGUCACCUCGGCAUGGUGUAUCAAGAUCUCCGUCAAGAUCUCGCCAUUCAGCAUCGCCUUCUCGUCCCAAAUGUCCAAGUGCUAGUCCCAGCAGGAGCAGGAGCAGGAGCAGAUCAAGAUCGGUGGCAUCUGACUAG